AUGGUUCUGAACACACGUUUACCCGUCGUGCUGCUGCUCGCUGUGCUCGUUUUCAAACAACACGUUUAUGCAUAUAAAGGUGAGUUUCACACACACACUUUUACGCACUUUUACGCACUUGGCACGUCAUUUGUAGCGCCGUACUUGCGUGAUCGUCCCCGCGGCCUGGGCCUCCUGCAACUGCCGACCGGAAUGUCCGACGAGCGUUCGGGACCCAUUUUCCCGGGCCUUUACAUUGCCGGAAAUAAGGUGAACGAGAAGCCGCAGACGGUGCCCGACGUCCAUUUGCCCGGACAACCCGCCGUUUUCACCGGAAGGUACUGUAGACGGUAGACGGCUAACGUGGCCUAGAAAACCUAAGCCUAAGCCUAACCAAGUAGCAAAAACCGUCCGCAUUCUCAGAUCGGCGUUCAAUCCGUUCACGCACAUGGUUUCGGCAGUGUACGCCGAGGAUUUGUCCGAUGGUUGGGGAGCCGGAAUGGCCGUUAAUGUGAGGUUUCAAACGUUUUCUGUCUCAACAGCAGGGAGCGUGGGAUUUUUGAGAAACACAAAUGCAAUAAAUUCAGGGAGUCAACGGUCACGGACUGAACGUUCGCAAGAACUUUGACGCGUACGCCGACGUGCCGCUCAACCUCAACGACGGAAUGUACCAGCCGUUCAUCUCGGCGUUCACCGUCGGCGGCGAGUACGAUCCGUCGAAGAUCCGCGAAGUGUCGGGCAGUCUCAACUUGCCCGUGCCCGGCGUCAACGAACUGUUCGACUUGGACGGACGUCUCAUGGCCAAGAACACGCUGAUCGUGAACAGCGCCAUCGAAUUCCCGCUCACCCUUUCGGAUCCGAACGAACGAGCGCCCUACACGUUCAAGGUACGCUCUCUUUCGAAACUUUAUGACGAUAUUAUGGUAGAAAAGAAGGCUAGAAGACUGAAGAAAAGAGUAAAAUGUGGAAUUAAAUUGGCAAAAAAUUUACAGUUUCAUCAGAAUUCUUUACAAACUGAUUCGACAUUGAAAAAUGUUAAAACCCACAUUCCCCCUCUUUUUUUUCUCUUCUUUCUUUCUUGUUGUAAUUUUAUUCCUAGGUGGCUGAAGAGAAUAAAUGAGUUAUUAUUAAAAGUUGUACAAAGAUGACGUUCUAAAAAAUGUAUUUCAGUACGCUGUGUGGGCUCCGGAUCGUCACAUGGCCUACGGACACGUGUUGCCGAACGUCAACGUCCAUGUCAUCGGAAAAGACAAAAUUAUGGAGCGACUCAUGCAGAACAGACUCAAUCCGACCAUGAUCGGAUAG